AUGAAUACUGUUUCAAUAUGUGCGCUGUUGUUGGCGCUGGCUCUGAGCGUCACGAAUGGAAAAAUAGUGAAAUCUUCAGUGUCUAAUUUAAUUUUCAUGUCGCCAGAAACUGAUCCAUAUGUUGAUAGUUACAUGACAACAAUCGCAAGUAUGAGUACAAGGGAAAUGAUGAAUUUACCCAAAUUAAGUGAUUCUGAAUUUUUGGACCAACUGACACGUGGAUACGAUGCAAUUCCAAUAUUGAGACAAGAUUCUAAUUCUACAAAAUUAUUUGAUCUAUCUAUUGAUGAACCAAUGGAAUUUCAACCAGAUUUGGAAAAUGAAUGGGAAGAACUUAUGGAUGCAGGCCCAUCCAGUAUUAAUUUAAUGGGCUCGGUGAUGGCUAUUGCCAGUAAAAAAGACUUUCCUCUCAGAGUCGAUUUUAACUAUACGCAUCUUAAGUAUCCUGGCUCUUUUCAAACCACACUUAUGCAGGUUUCUCAUACUAUGUACAGAGCAUUGUAUAGCGCUCAUACAAAUAUGGGAAUCAUUCAAAUAAAUAUGCGCGAGAUUCCGGCACUCUUGAAAACAGCGGUCAAGCUCAUUACUCAAGCGUCGACCUCAUUGAACAAGGCAAUGCUACCUCGAACAUUGGCAAGCAUUGGUCGAUUUACCAAUGAAAGUGCUGCUGCUGCCCGUGCGUCACUUGAUCAUUUCGAAAUUCUUCAAGCGCUUCUGCAAGAAGUUCUUGAGGUGACUACUUUAACGGGUAGCCACAAUAAAUACAUAGCCGAAGAACUAGCAACCGAAGCUAACGGAAUAAGAGAAGAAACAAAAGAAAUGGAUAAAACUGUUGCUAAUAUAGCGGCACACUAUGACGCUGCUAGAAAAGAUUUGGAGAAGGCUCGACAAGAUUACCAUGUUGCUAUGAUGUAUCUGCCAGGUGCUGGUUGGGAUUCUCAUGCAUGGAAUGUUUAUGCUUCUCAACGGCCUGCUGAAACCUGCAGUCGCACUUGGUACGGUAAACGUCGUUGUAGAUCUCUUCGUGAUGAGCAAUUUCAACAAUACACCGCUGAAGCACGACACAAAGCUCAACAAGCUCUGAAUUUACUCCAAACAGCAGAGACACACAAUAAAAAUAUCUAUGAUCAACAAAUGAAAAAACAAGAUGAAUUGAGUUUAGCCAUUAGUAAUUUAGCAAAGCUUAAUUUGAAUGAACUAUCUGUCAAUGAAACAAUAAAAAUUUUACUUGAUGCCACAAAAAAUAUUGCACUGAUUCAACGUCAAUGGGGUCGUAUCACUCGAUUUUUCAGUACUCUUACCAUCAAUACAGAACACACACAGAAGGUAAUUUUGCAAGAUUUUCUUGGUGCCAUUUCCGAUGUUGAACUUAUGGGAAGGCCGUUAGAUCCAAUUGAUCAAACACUUUUUCUUGUAUUAUUAGUGGAGUCGGUAACAGACAUUGAUCGCGAUUCUCACCUACUUUUUCUUAUGUCUAAAACUUACUCAGAUGUAUCAAAGAAGUACAUGAUAGAUCAGAUAGCAGGAUUGGCCGGCGCUCUAGCAAUACAAAGUAACGAUGAACGCGAUAUCUAUGUAAAAGAGGUAGCUAACAAAAGCAAAACAAUAUCAAAUCAAGUUAAAGAGUUAGCAACUGAACGACACAAAGACUAUGAAAUGACGAACCUUUUUCGUCAGCAACAAUAUAUGCAAUAUAUUCAAGAAGGAAUGCUACAAGAAUUGAAUAAUCUCGAUGGAAUGGGAAUUGGACGACGUUGA